CAAUAAACUAGAAGCUGUUGGUCGGGCCCGCGGAAAUGGGCGAACAUAAUCUUCUUAAUCCCGGGUUUGUGGGACCUUUGGUAAACAUCCACACCGGAGACACGUUUUACUUUCCGAAUUUUAGAGCAUCUGGGGGACAACUGGCGGGGCUACCGUCUCUUUCGUACCCGAGAAGGGACAAUGUUUGCUCCCUCCCGUGGAAUCCUUCGGAGCCGUGCAAUGGAUACUCUCAAUCCUACUUUAGCAGCCCGGUUUCUAUUAACCCCUCUUUCAAUCGCUCUUGUGAAAUUACCAGACCUGACGAAAGCAAGUGUUAUUACAGCAACAGCAACGGAAGCAGGGAGACCUGCUCAGGUGGCAGCAGUCUCAAACGAGAGGACAGGGCGAGAGACACUUCAUCCCUAACAUCUGACCACGGGAUGCAUGCGGGGAUUGGUACCGCGGCUCCAUUCUCUAAAUACGAAUAUGGGAACGAUCAGCUAACACAGGAUCCGCCAUCCUGUCAGUCACUAGAAUCCGACUCCAGCUCGUCUCUGCUCAACGAGAGCAGCAAGCCUUCAUCCAGCGACACACAGACCCUGGUGUCACCGGGAAGCCAUUCAGGCAACAUAGCCACAGGAGGAGGUGCUCCAUGGUACCCGAUGCACACUCGCACCAGGAAGAAACGCAAGCCCUACUCCAAGCUGCAACUGGCCGAGCUUGAAGGUGAAUUUAUGUUGAAUGAGUUCAUCACGAGACAACGGCGAAGGGAGCUGUCUGACCGCCUGAACCUCAGCGACCAACAAGUCAAGAUCUGGUUCCAGAACCGCAGGAUGAAGAAAAAGAGACUCAUGUUGAGAGAGCAAGCUUUGGCCUACUUUUAGAGAUGCGGCAGAAGGUGAAUCGAUAGGCAGUAAAAACACAAGCCUUCUCCCUUAGGUGAUAUUUCAAUGCAUGCACUCAUCUAUCCACCUUUUACAUUACAGACAUUUGUUACAACAUUUAAAGUUUUUCUUUAAUGUACAGAUUCAGAAUAUAAGCCUAUAUCUUGCAUUUAAAGGCAGUGGAAGUAUAAUCGCCAUAAUGUAAUGGCACAAACUGUGACACUGUGCAGAAUUCAGCUCCAAGUUCUUGGCCAGUUGAUACCACAGUGCGUGACCUUUACGCAGAGAAUGUAAACAAAACAAUUCCACUACAGUAGCCUAACUUUGUGUCUAUAUAGUAUAUGUUAAUCGACGAACUGUUAAAGUGCGUCAAAUAAUUAUUUAUAUAAACAUGUUGAGUUUAAUCUAAAUAGUUCCAGUAUACCUCAAAUGACAAAACAACCUAAUCUGUUCUCCUGCACCUACCUUUCAUUAGUGCUUUUAAACCUAUCAACACCAGUCAA